UUCAGGUUAAUUUUAGUUUGACAUGAGUUUCGUGUUAUUUUAUCAAACAAUUCCUGAUUGAAUUUACUUACAAAACAGAAAAUAUCACCAAAUAACCCACAACAAAUACACCUAUUAAACAAACAAUGGAAUGCAUAGCAUCAAACGAACCACCAAAGGCGCACAUUUUGUGUUGCGAAUGCGGCGUGGCCAUCGAGCCGAACCCGGCGAACAUGUGCGUGGGCUGCCUGCGGUCUCGCAUCGACAUAACGGAAGGCAUUCCGAAGCAGGCGACCCUGCACUUUUGCAGGGGCUGCGAGCGGUACUUCCAGCCGCCCGGCGAGUGGGUGCAGUGCGCCUUGGAGUCGCGCGAAUUGCUGUCGUUGUGCCUGAAGAAACUGAAAGGGCUGAACCGCGUCAAGCUCGUCGACGCCUCCUUCCUGUGGACGGAGCCCCACUCGAAGAGGAUCAAGGUGAAGCUGACGGUGCAAGGAGAGGUGUCGGGCGGGGCCAUAUUGCAGCAGGUGUUCGUCGUGGAGUACACCGUGGCGCAUCAGAUGUGCGACGACUGCCAUCGAUCCGAGGCGCAGAAUUUCUGGAGGGCUACCGUGCAAGUUAGGCAGAAGGCCGAGAAUAAGAAAACUUUCUACUACUUGGAGCAGCUCAUUUUGAAGCACAAGGCGCACGCAAACACGUUAGGAAUUAAACCUAUUCAUGGUGGACUCGAUUUCUUUUACGCUACCGAAGGUCACGCCAGGAAAAUGAUAGAUUUCUUAUCUUCUGUGCUUCCUUGCAAACAUCAACAUUCCAAGAAGCUGAUUUCCCACGAUAUACACAGUAACGUGUACAACUAUAAAUUCACCUAUUCAGUGGAUAUCGUUCCAGUGUCUAAAGACAGCGUGAUAUGUUUGUCGAAGAAAAUGACUCAGCAAUUGGGAGGAAUUUCGCCUUUGUGCUUGAUUUACAGAGUGACCAGUUCGAUACAUUUGAUCGAUCCCACUACGGCCCAAAUUGCCGAAGUGAGUUCUACAGUGUAUUGGCGUAAUCCGUUCAGUGCCAUUUGCAAUCCCAAGCAAUUAGUGGAGUAUAUUGUAAUGGAUAUCGAACCGAUAAUGGAUAAAGAUCGGAAAUAUUUCCCCGGACAGGGGGCUAUUUCGUAUCGUCACGUUCUCGCGGAUAUAUGGGUAACGAAAGCGUCUGAAAUAGGUUUGAACGAUGCUACGAUUCACACUAGGACGCAUUUAGGGCAUGUAUUAAAACCUGGUGAUUCUGUACUUGGCUACAAUUUGGAAGAUUCGAAUGUCAAUGAUGCUAAUUUCGAUAAACUCGACAAGUCAAUUGUACCGGAUGUUAUAUUAGUGAAGAAACAUUACGGUGAUAAGUCGUUUAGGAGGAGGCAAAGGAUUUGGAAGCUUAAGAGACUUGCUGAAGGGGACACUGCCUUCGACCCUGAUGCAAACGAUUUCAACGAAUUUUUGGACGAUUUGGAAGAAGAUCCGGAUUUGCGGCAAAAUAUUAAUAUAUUUAAAGACAAAACUAAGCAAAUACCAGUCGACUCUUUCGAUGAACAGAACGAAAAUUUGCCGCAGAUAACUUUAGCUGAAAUGUUGGAUGAUCUUGUUUUAGACGAUGUUGAAAUGGAAGAUAUUAUUGAUUAAAUAUAUAUAAAU